UGAGCUGUGAUAGAGGGAGGGUCAGUGUGUGUGUGCAUGCUAACAGUGUGCCUUAUGGACAGAGGGGGCUUGAGUGGCUGUUGACUAGCCGGCUAGUAGGUGGAGGAACAGUAAGAACACAGACAGAACUCUGUGCUUGUUGGAUCCCGUGUUUGUUGUGGAAUCUAUACUCUCAGACCAGGAGGUUCUGGGUGACGGUGGGUUGAAGGAGCGGGAUGUCUAAGAUGACGUUGUGGUUGGGCCUUCUCCUGGCUCUCAGCGCAGGUCGUCUGGAUGCUUGGUUCUGGAACAAGGACCCUGAUCCUACUACCCAAGCCCCAACGAAGGCAGGAGGACAGCCUAAGAGAGGUGAGGAGAACCUGGCAGGGGUUGGGGCAGAAAUCAUCAACGUGGCUGAUGGGAUCCGUAAGUUUGUGCAGACGUGGGACGCGACCCCAACCACUUGGACUGACGGAGGAGUGGCGAGCCCUACCACACAGACGGUUAAUAAAGAGGAGUCUGGGUCUGGGGAAGGAUCUGGGUCUGGGUCUAAGGAAGGAUCUGGGUCUGGGGAAGGGUCUGGGUCUAAGGAAGGAUCUGGGAAAGGAUCUGGGUCUGGGUCGAAGGAAGGAUUUGUGUCUGGGUCUGGGGAAGGAUCUGGGUCUGGGGAAGGAUCUGGGUCUAAGGAAGGAUCUGGGGAAGGAUCUGGGUCUGGGGAAGGAUCUGGGUCUAAGGAAAGAUCUGGGGAAGGAUCUGGGUCUGGGGAAGGAUCUGGGUCUAAGGAAGGAUCUGGGUCUAAGGAAGGAUCUGGGUCUGGGGAAGCAUCUGGCUCUAAGGAAGGAUCUGGGUCUGAGACGGGUUCAGGAUCAGGGUCUAGUUCAGCAUCUGGUGUAGGGUCUGGGUUUGGAUCGGGGGCUGAGUCUGGUGUAAGUUUAGGGACCAGCUCGGGUUCGGGGUCAGGGCUUGGAGAAAGGAAAAGCUUGGUUCUCCCCACUAACCUAACAUGGGUGGUGGAGGAUGACCUCACAGGGGUUGAGGGGGUGAAACAGGGUGAACCAAAGACCAACCUCUCUGACAUCACUUCUCAUGACCACAAUGGAACCUGCCAACUCGUGCCCUCUGAUUGGCCGAUCUGCAUAUCAAGGGGGUCGAAGCAUUUCUCGCUGCCCAACUUCCUGAACCACACCUCUGUGGAGGAGGUUGGCGUGGCCCUGAGAGAGUGGGCGUGGCUGGCCAAGGCGGGGUGCCACCAUGGAGCCGAAUGGUUCCUCUGCCUCCUCCUGGUGCCCAGGUGCCCGCUGCCUGGCCAGGUGCUCGCUAAGGUUCCCCUUCUGCCCUGCUGCAGCUUCUGCCAAGUCCUGCAAGACAGCUGCUGGCCAGCCCUGGAUGACGGGCGACUUCCUAUAGAGUGUAAUUUGCUGCCCGACAGGGAUCAGGAGGCGGGGUUGCGCUGUCCGCCAUGCGUGUCAGUUAGUAAUCGGAAAGCAGAGAGUGGUGUGACUCUACUGCAGCUGAUCGGAGACCUGCCUCCUGAUGAAUCCCGUGCCGGUCCGGGGGGGAAACCCGCCUACUACUUCGGAGGGCUGGACGGGCUUACUGCUGCGGGACAGCCGGCCCUGGCCCACCUCCCCAACCCCUUCUACAGAGACUUCUCCCUGGUCUUCCAAAUCAUCCCCUCCAGCCCCGGGGUCCUCUUCUCCAUCACAGACGCCUCCCAGAAGUUCAUGUACGUGGGGGUGAAGCUGAGCGCCCCGGACGCUGACGGCAGGAAUCAGAAGAUUCUGUUCUACUACACAGAGCCCGACUCUGAGGCCUCGUACCUGGCCGCUAGUUUCACUGUGCCCUCCCUGGACCUAGUCUCCUGGACCAAGUUCUCUCUGUCCGUGUUCAAUGACCAGGUGACCUUCUUCAUGGGGUGCGACGCCUCUGGGAAGACGGUGAAGUUGGAGCGCUCGCCAGAUAACAUGGAGCUGGACAGGGGGGCAGGCAUCUUCGUGGGUCAGGCGGGAGGCGCGGACCCUGACAGGUUCGAGGGGGCGAUUGCUGAGCUGAACGUGGUGGGUAACCCUCGAGCAGCUGAGCUACUCUGUGAAGACGAUGAUGACUCAGACGCUGCCUCAGGUGACUUUGGCAGUGGGGAUGGGGACAGAAGAGAGACUGGCAAAACUGUAAAGACCACCCCUCCAUCUCUCCGACCGGUGCCAGAGCCCCCUCUGACAUCAUCAGUGAGCGACAGGCUCUCAGAAACAGGUGACAGGAAUCAUCAGACCUCAGUAGAGUCCAGACCAGGGUCAGGAGGUCAACCAGACCCUACUGGUUCUAACAGGGAGAAGGGGGACAGAGGGGAGAAGGGCAGUCCAGGGGACAGAGGUCCCGCCGGGCCAAAGGGGGACUCGGGGUCUUUCUCCAGCUCUGCCUCUUCCUCUGGCUCUUCAUCAGGCGGAGGAGAACGUGGAGAAAAGGGAGACACAGGCUUGAAGGGCAGUUCUGGGUUCGGUUACCCAGGCUCCAAGGGGGACCGUGGCUUACCUGGUCCCCCUGGCCCUCCUGGCCCUGGGGGGCCAGCUGCCCAGGUUGUGAGGCUAGGGGACGGCUCUGUGGUGCAGCCAGUGGCCGGGCCAAUGGGGCCGAUGGGGCCCCCAGGGGUCAAAGGACCAGCAGGACCCCAGGGACCAGAGGGAGAGGCGGGGGAUCCAGGAGAGGAUGGCAAAUUAGGACCUGCCGGAGACAGAGGGUUCCCAGGAACACAAGGAGACUCAGGGGUCAAAGGAGAAAAGGGGGAUCGUGGUGAUGGUCACCCAGGUCCCAGGGGUCCUCCAGGGCCACCUGGACACCCAGGCCCAGGGACAGUUGAUCGCGCUACAUUUGUGGAUAUGGAAGGCUCAGGAGGAUUCCCAGAUUUGGAGAAAAUACAGACUCUCCGUGGUUUACCAGGCCCCCCCGGCCCCCCAGGUCCCCCUGGCCCCUCAGCCGGUGGUGUCAGCUCCCAUGAGUCAGGCUCUUUCGGGCCCCCUGGACCUCCCGGACAGGACGGGGCCCGUGGCCUACCAGGGCCCGCUGGUCCACCUGGCAGGCCUGGAACCCCAGGACCCAGUAGCGGAGAGAAGGGAGAAGCUGGUGAUCUAGGUCUUCCAGGGCCCAGUGGAGAGAAGGGUUCUCAGGGUGACCCUGGAGUGCCUGGUCAGGCAGGGCAGGGGGGCUUGGCUGGGCUUCCUGGGCCCAUGGGACCGAUUGGGCCUCCAGGACCACCCGGACCUUCCUACCCCGUGCGUUAUGGUGACAGGGAGGGUUCCGGAGUGACGGGGGUCAAUGGUGUUGCUGGAGUGAUAGGGAUUCCAGGACCACAGGGUCCGCCCGGAAUCGCUGGCCUUCCGGGAAGAUCUGGUUUGCCUGGGCUUUCGGGAGAGAAGGGGAGCGAGGGAGCAAGAGGACAGAAUGGAACACCAGGGAUGGAUGGAUUCCCAGGAAUAUCGGGAGACAAAGGGGAGAGGGGAGACAGAGGGGAAAGGGGUGAGCCAGGACGUGAAGGGGGACCCCCUGGACCUCCAGGAGCCCCUGGCCCACCGGGACAGAUCUACCAGACCUCAGGCAGUUUUGAUGGAGUUCUUGGGAAUCAAGGACAGGGAGGACCAGGUCUUCCCGGCCGGGCAGGAUUCCCAGGGCCUAUGGGACCAAAGGGAGAUACAGGAGAGCCUGGACAGCCAGGAUACGCAGCUAAGGGGGAGAAAGGAGAACCUGGUAUUAUCAUGGGGCCUGAUGGAAGACCCAUGUACCUGGGAGGGCUGGGGUCUCAACCGGGAGAGAAGGGACUCCCGGGACCUGAGGGACCUCCUGGUCCCUAUGGUCCAGCUGGUCUAAAGGGAGAUAUAGGCAUGCCAGGUAGACCGGGUCGUCCUGGGUUGAAUGGUGUCAAAGGCGAGAGGGGGGAUUCAGCUGGAGGGACUGGAGGAUAUGGAGGUCCUCCAGGACCACCUGGCCCUCCAGGACCCCCCGGGCCAGCAGUACCUCUGGACAGGUUCAAUAGGUAUGAUGAUGUCUCACGGUUAUAUCCUGACUCCAAAGGAGAGAAAGGUGAUCGUGGAGUACCAGGAAUACCUGGGGUACCAGGUCUCACGUCCAACUUUGACAUCUACACCUUCAAAAAGGAGAUGAAGGGAGAGAGAGGAGACUCGGGGAUGAAGGGGGAGAAGGGCGAGCUAGCCGGAGGAUAUUAUGGUGGCGGUUACAGUGGACAGGGUGGUCAACCUGGACCUCCAGGACUUCCAGGGCCAAAGGGAGAGUCCAUCAUCGGUCCUUCAGGGCCCCAGGGCCCUCCAGGUAACCCAGGAAGAGGGUACGAAGGCAGGCAAGGGAACCCAGGCCCACCGGGGCCCCCCGGACCUUCGGGAUCAUCCUCCUCACCUGGAGCCUACAGGCCAACACAGACUAUCAGCAUCCCUGGACCUCCGGGCCCUCCUGGCCCACCUGGAACUGAUGGACACUCCUCUGGGGUGAUGGUGCUGAGGUCAUAUGACACGAUGACAGCCACGGCCAGACGACAGGCAGAGGGGACGCUGGUGUAUCUGGUCGACCAAACAGACUUUUACAUCAGAGUACGAGAUGGCUUCCGGCAAAUCCAGCUUGGACCAUACAUAGCUUUACCCCCUGACCAGGGUAAUGAAGUAGCAGCUGUCGACCCUCCUCCAGUGGUCUACUACCAGCCAGAUCAUCCCUCCAACACGGCCACAGAGCAACCCCCCAGACAGCUAGACCCCCACCAGCCACAGCCUGAGGGACAGCACCCUACUUACCCCGACCCACAUUACCCGACUCACCCGGAUCCACGCUACCCAGCCCAGCCGGAUCCACGCUACCCAGCCCAGCCGGAUCCACGCUACCCAGCCCAGCCGGAUCCACGCUACCCAACCCAGCCGGAUCCACGCUACCCAGCCCAGCCGGAUCCACGCUACCCAGCCCAGCCGGAUCCACUCGACCCAGCCCAGCCGGAUCCACGCUACCCAGCCCAGCCGGAUCCACGCUACCCAGCCCAGCCGGAUCCACGCUACCCAGCCCAGCCGGAUCCACGCUACCCAGCCCAGCCGGAUCCACGCUACCCAGCCCAGCCAGAUCCACGCUACCCCUCACAUUCAGACCCCAGAUACCCCUCACACACUGAUCCACGGUACCCCAGUUAUACAGACCGCCAGCACAACCCUGACCCUGUUCAGCCGGUCCAGCCCCAGUCAGCCCCUGUCCCACAGAACCCGGUUUACUCAGACACCCGCUACCCUGUAACCCCACAACGCAGACCCAGACCCCCUGAGACCCCCAGCCACCAACACACGUCAGGCCCAAGCAUUCACCUGGUCGCCCUGAACGCCCCCCAGGGGGGUAACAUGCGGGGUAUCAGAGGGGCAGACUUCCUGUGCUUCAACCAGGCUCGGGCCAUCGGGCUGAAGGGAACCUUCCGGGCUUUCCUCUCCUCCAAGCUCCAGGACCUUUACAGCAUUGUCCGCAAGUCAGACAGAGACCGCAUGCCCAUCGUCAACCUAAAGGACGAGGUCCUGUUUGACAGUUGGGAGGCCAUCUUCAGUGACUCAGAGGGCAGAGUGAAGGACAAUGUACCCAUCUACUCCUUCGAUGGCAAAGACAUUUUCACAGACGGCACAUGGCCAGACAAGAUGAUAUGGCACGGUUCGACCAGCAGGGGGCACGGCCAGGUGGAUAACUACUGUGAGACGUGGCGUAUAGGGGAGCAGGCGCUGACGGGCAUGGCCUCCUCUCUACAGGGGGGCCAGCUCCUCCAACAGAGAACCAGCAGCUGUCACAGCUCCUACGCCGUGCUCUGCAUCGAGAACAGCUACAUCGAACAGUUCAAGAGAUAGGACUGACCGACCAAACGCACACACACACUACAGCCAGAUCAAGAGAUAAGCCUAAUGAAACACACACACAAACACAUCAGCCAAUCCAGGAGGCCUAACAAAACGUACAUACCAGUGGAGGCUGGUGAUUUAAAAAACGAGGAGGAUGGUAGACCCAGGGUAUAGGCGCAGAACGCACAAAGUGUGUUUCAAAAAUCGUCAAAGAAUAAUUAUUUUAACCUAAAGCAUUUAAUAAAGACAUUUAUAGUACAAUAUUAUGGGGAAUGGGAAUGAGAGGGCUACUUACACAGUGUUGGAAAGUAAUCACAGCAGUGAUUGUAUGAGGCAUGAGUUGAGAUGUUCAGCAGCUUGACCAGUGCAGAACAGGAUUUGCCUGGAAAGACAAACAAUAACACAACACACUACACAGUUAGACAAAAGAGCUCAGAAUGAGUUAGUCCAAGCAAAGAGUAAUAAUCAUUGAUGUGUAAUAAUGUGAUUGUGUAUGUGAUUGACUCUUCAUACAGUAAUGAGAUAAAAUUGAUAGGGGGACUCACAGAGCUUGGAGAGGAAACAUUCAACGUGCCAGUGGAUGAGCGGGCACAUGAGACGUGGAUUCAGUUCAUGUCAGGAGAGAGUUGGUAAUGGUAAUGGAGUGGAGUAGUCAUCACCUCUUAAAUCAGGGAACAGGAGGGGACUUAGCUGGAAAUACAAAUAGCAGAUACAUUCCAUUACAGCUGCGCCAUCAUAGGUUUGGACAAGUUUCUCUAUGAAGUUAAACUCAGACAUGUCAAAAUUCAUUAAGUCAAACAAAGACUGGGCAUCUCGCCCACUUGACACAUCAAAGUAGCCCAAGACACGUUCCUGAAUAAAGCCCUGAUCAUACACAUAACUGACCAUAACUGACAACUGCAAGCAGACUGGUGGCAUCGUAGGUCCCAGAGCAGUGGGGCAAUUUUUACCCCCUGGGGCCUGGAGUUUUUCCUUAUACGUUAACCUAACUAGGAAAACUCUGGACCCUAUAAGGUAUGCCAGUGAUGAAUUAGUUGUAAAAAGGUUUUAUAUGGGCUAUGAAGGGACCAGUUUUUCCUAAUCAGGUUACAUGUUGUUUUUAAACUCCUGGCCCUGGGGGGAUGAAACCCCUGUCAAACUGCAGCUACCUUACACCUGUUCAUAUGAAUGAUAUUUAGACUAGAUUAGUAGGGGGAUUUCCUCUACCCAGACACAUAGACAACUGGGCUGAGCUUGCUUUAUGCAUGUUUGCAUCAUGUAGGCCUAUGCAACUGUAGGCCUUAUAAAACAUUUACUCACAUCUAUCAUCUCUAUUAUGUUGAUUAAUUCCAGUUAAUAAGCCUAGCCAGCCCAGUUUUGAAUAUAAACUAAAUUUGAUCACAUUCACAUUUUCUCCUGACACAAAAAUGGACUAUAAAUACAUAACAUUACCAAUCAGUUUACCCGGGCCAGGUGGACAGGGUGCAUAGGCUAUAUGCAGGUGCUCUUAUUAGGAGCCUACAGUUGAUCAGACUGAAAUAUAGUCUCGUUUUCAUCCCAUACAGCAUGUCUGAUUUCUAGCGUUUAGGUGUAGCCUAGGCUGCUGCAACAUUUAUGUCAUGAGUUUUUGCUUGUGUCUGUCCAGAGUGAUUGUGUUAUCAUCUUUGCUAAAUAAAUACCGGAGGAAAGUGGAAAGCUUACUUGA